UUUCCACCCACUUCCCCGGAUUCGUGAUUGAUCGCUUAAAUAGAAUAAUUCGAAGUCUACAGACAGGCAACGAAUUACGCAGUUUUCGGUGCUCUGGUGAUCAAGAUUUCGAGGGCCCUCAAUAGACUGAAAGCACAGUCAAGCUACGCCAGAUACGACAUCCGCGGCCCAAGGAGGACAGCUAUGGCGGGCGGAAAGCUGACAGAGGUGGACCACGUCUCGCUGCAUCACGAGCACCGCGCCGGCGACGUCGAUGACCACCCCAAGCCCUCGGCCGAGGCCGAGAGACGGGGCCUGCGUCCGCCGCCCAUCAUCGCGGCCAUGACGCACGAGUACCGCGCCGCGCUGGAGAGAAAGCUCAAGCGUAAGGUCGACCUAAGGCUGCUCCCGAUGAUUGUCAUCAUGUACAUCCUAAACUACAUCGACAGGAACAACAUCGCGGCGGCGCGGCUGGCCGGUCUGGAGCGCGACCUCAAGCUCGACCCCAACUCCAGCCAGUUCCAGACGGCGGUGAGCAUCUUGUUCGUCGGCUACCUGCUCAUGCAGGUGCCCUCGAACCUGUUCCUGAACAAGAUCGGGAAACCCGCGCUGUACCUGCCCACCUGUAUGGUCGUCUGGGGCGUCAUAUCGGCCGCCACGGCGGCGUGCCGCAACUACGCGGGCCUCCUCGCCAUCCGCUUCCUCCUCGGCUUCGUCGAGGCCGCCUACUUCCCCGGGUGCCUGUACUACCUGAGCUGCUGGUACACGCGCGAGGAGCUCGGCCUGCGCACGACGGUGCUGUACACUGGGUCCCUCAUCUCGGGCGCCUUCUCCGGGCUCAUCUCGGCCGGCAUCACGGGCAACAUGGACGGCGCCCGCGGGCUGGGCGCGUGGCAGUGGCUGUUCCUCAUCGAAGGCGUCGUGACGGUCGCCGUGGCCUUCGGGGCGUACUUUGUGCUGCCCAACUUCCCGCGGACGACGUCGUGGCUCGACGAGGAAGAGACGGCGCUCGCCGUCUGGCGGCUGCAGGAGGACAUUGGCGAGGACGACUGGACGAGCAGCGGCGAGCAGACGUUCUGGCACGGCUUCAAGACGGCGCUGGAGGAUGUCAAGACAUGGAUCCUGCUUGUCCUGGUCUUCAGCAUCGUCGCGUCGGGCUCCAUCACCAACUUCUUCCCCACCGUCGUCCAGACGCUGGGUUACAGCCCGGUCGUCUCGCUGCUCCUCACGUGCCCGCCGUACGUCCUCUGCGUGAUAACGACGUGCCUCAAUGCGUGGCACGCCGACCGCACGGGCGAGCGGUAUCUGCACAUCGUGCUGCCGCUCUGUGUGGCCAUGGUGGCCUUCAUCCUCGGGGCGGCGACGCACACCACCGCGCCGCGGUACGUGUCGAUGGUGCUCAUGGUGCCGGGCAUCUACACGGGGUACACGACGGCGCUCGCGUGGAUCAGCAACUCGCUGCCGCGGCCGCCGGCCAAGCGGGCGGCGGCGCUGGCGUUCAUCAACGCGGUCAGCAACUGCAGCAGCAUUUACGCAAGCUACCUGUACCCAAAGAGCGACGGGCCGCAGUACACGGCGGCGUUCGUGCACAACUGCGUCGCGUGCUUCGUGGCGGUCUGCGCGGCAACGGUGCUACGGACGGUGCUGGUCCGGUUGAACCGCAGGCUGGAGAGGGGCGAGUUCGUCGAGGGGGCCAUCAACGCGGCGCCGGGCGAGGCGGCGGCGCAUGGGUUCCGGUUCAAGGUGUAAGUUGGCGGCGGCGGCGUCGUGUCUGUUCAGUUCUUCAAAGAGACCGGAUGAUAAACGCCUCCACCAUGUAUGCAAACGUGUGUUGGUGUAUGUAUGUAAUUAGUCCGGUGCCUGCAUAAGACCACAGGCCAUACGGUGUCGAACCAACAGCAACUCCAGACUACCUAAUGAGAGAAUUCCAUGCGAUGACGGGUUGAC